AUGGAGGAAUUAGCAAGCACAAAGCAAGAUCAGAAACAGGUGUAUGGAGAGAUUUUAGGUGUUUUAACAGUCUUUUGGGAAUAUAUGUUCGCUCUCAAGAUUAUAAAAGGUGGUUCUGACGCAUGGAUCAAGGAAACUAGAGAUUUCAUAGUAAAACAUGGUAUCAAACAAGAAAAUAUAUUCAACAUUGAUGAAAAGGGAGUUCUCUUCACAGAUACUAAACAAAAGGUAGAUGAGUCAAUCAAGCUAGACUGUGUCCAAUUUUUUGUUAAACAGCUGACAACACCUGGCGACAAGUUACUUUUGGUCGACAAUCAUGGAAGUAAUUUUAGUCCUGAAUUACUUCAAUGGGCCAAUGAAAACAAGGUUCACAUUAAGAGCUUUCCAUCCAAUAUGACACAUAUCUUACAACCUUUGGAUCUUGUCAUUUUUUCAUCAUUCUCUCAAUCACUAAAGAAUAUGAUACUAAAACAACUUCAAGACAAACCCAACUUUAAAAUCGCACCCGAACACUACCAACAGUUUUCAUACUUUGCAUGGGUCGAAGCAACAAAGCCAACCAACGUAAUGGCUGCUUGGAACAAGUCAGGUAUCAUUAAUUGUUCGCCACUCUCACCACAAGAUCAGGGAUUGAUACCAAAACCACCCAAGGCAACAAAAAAAUCUUCAAAGGCUCUUGCUCUUGUUCAAACCACUUCUAAUGCAUUGGUAACGACAGAUUCUUUACCACACAAGCAAAGAUCAAUGAUGAUGAGAGAUAAGAUGAGUACAGGCACUGUCUGGACCGACGACACAAAUCGUAAGGUGAUUGGUUGGUUGGUUGGUUGGUUGGGUGAUUAG